CGGCGCGCCUCGGACCCGCUGUCCCCAGCACCUUGGCCCCGGCGCUUUGCCCUGAAGAUGAAGGUUUGGCUGCUGCUAGGUCUCCUGCUCGUGCACGAAGCACUAGAGGAUGUGACCGGCCAGCACCCUCCCAAGAACAAGCGUGCAAAGGAGCCUGGAGAGAACAGGAUCAAGCCCAUCACCAAAAAGGUGAAGCCCAAGAUUCCUAAAACAAAGGACAGGGACUCGGCCGAGUCACCACCCAAGCGGCAAUCCAUAAUGAUGCAGAUGACGGAUCAAGGUCGCUUCCAGAAACCCUCGGCCACCCUGAGCCUGCCGGCUGGGCAGACCCUCGAGCUUCGAUGUAAAGGGAGUAAAAUCGGAUGGAGCUACCCCGCCUAUCUGGACACCUUCAAGGACUCCCGCCUCAGCGUGAAGCAGAACGAGCGCUACAGCCAGCUGACCCUGCUCAACUCCUCGGCGGCGGACACUGGCGAGUUCAGCUGCUGGAGCCAGCUGUGCACCGGCUACCUCUGCAGGAAGGACGAGACCAGGACGGGCUCCACCUACAUCUUUUUCACAGAGAAAGGAGAACUCUUUGUGCCUUCUCCCAGUUACUUUGAUGUUGUGUACUUGAACCCGGACAGACAGGCUGUGGUUCCUUGUCGCGUGACUGUCCUGUCAGCCAAAGUCACACUCCAUCGGGAGUUCCCGGCCAAGGAAAUCCCCGCCAACGGAACAGACAUCGUUUAUGACAUGAAGAGGGGCUUCGUGUACCUGCAACCUCAUUCCGACCACCAGGGGGUGGUCUACUGCAAGGCGGAGGCUGGGGGCAAGUCUCAGAUCUCUGUCAAGUAUCAGCUCCUCUACGCCGAAGUUCCCAGUGGCCCUCCAUCCACAACCAUCUUGGCAUCCUCCAACAGAGUGAAAAGCGGGGAUGACAUCAGUGUCCUCUGCACUGUCUUAGGGGAGCCUGACGUUGAGGUGGAGUUCAGGUGGAUCUAUCCAGGGCAGAAGGAUGAAAGGCCCGUGACGAUCCAAGACACGUGGAGGCUGAUCCACCGAGGGCUGGGGCACACCACGAGGCUCUCCCAGAGCGUCAUGGCCCUCGAAGACUUCGAGACCAUUGACGCGGGGUACUACAUUUGCACUGCCCAGAACCUCCGAGGGCAGACUACAGUCGCUACCACGGUUGAAUUUUCCUGACGUGGAAGAGGAAGUGUGAUGAACUGAUGGAGAGCCCGUGUGGGUCCACAACCAGCUCGGGCGUUCUCUCGACCAGCGCUUCGCCAGAGGCUGACGCCAAGCACCAAACCCCAGUCCCUGCCUGUGAGACCCAGACAUCCAAACUGACCGGAAGUCAUCCGGCCUAAUAAUAGAAGUGUUAACUCCUCUGAGAGAAAGCUGUAUUUUGAUUGCUCACCUAUGUAUAUGUGUUUCUAGUUUUUAUACUAAAAAAGCAUAUAUGUAGACAACUUGAUAUAAUCUUUUCUA